AUGAAAGUAAGACAUUUACAUCAUGGUGAUGGUACUCAAGAAGCAUUUUAUUGUUCAAAUAAAGUACUGACUGUUUCAUUUCAUAAAUAUGAACAUGGUUUUUAUCCUGGUACUGGAUCAUUAGAUGAAAUAGGUGAGGCAUGGGGUAAAGGUUACAAUAUCAAUGUGCCACUAUUAUCCGGUAUUACUGAUGAUAUGUAUUUGUCUAUAUUUUCAAAAUUAUUACUUUCAAUUAAUCAAUCAUUUUCACCUGAUGUUUAUGUGAUUCAAUGUGGUGGUGAUACGCUGUUCAAUGACCCAUUUCAAGCAUUUAAUUUAACAACUCAAGGUUUAGCAGAAUGUAUUAAACAAAUUAUUGAGUUAAAUAAAUUUUUACUUUUUUUGGGUGGUGGCGGUUACAAUUUACCAGAUACAGCUCGUUUAUGGACAACAUUAACAAAUGUUGCUCUUGGAAAUGAAAAAGUAGAUAACGAUAUACCUGAACAUGAUUAUUUUCCUCUAUAUGGACCUGAUUUUACAUUAGAUACAUGGCCUGGUAAUCGUAAAAAUAAAAAUACUGAUUCAUCUAUAAAUCAAAUCUACGAUUAUAUUCAACAGAAUCAUAUGGAGACAUAUAUUAAAGCUCAGAUAAGAAGUUAG